GUUAAAACCAGUGCAUGACAAACAGGGAAGUUAGCUCUUGAAUAUCCGCUCAACCAUAAUCAUUAUGUCAGAGGAAAAGCGAAUGAAAAUGGCGUCUUCACUAGAACAGCUGAAAACAUUGACCACUGUGGUCUGUGAUACUGGUGAUUUUGAGGCUAUUGACAAAUACAAGCCGCAAGAUGCCACAACAAACCCCUCGCUGAUCCUGGCCGCCGCCCAAAAACCACAGUAUGCUGCCCUCAUUGACGAAGCAGUGAAACAUGCAAAAGAGAAUGCAUCGGUGCUGGAUGACCAAGUGAAUGUAGCCAUGGACAAACUGGUGACCAUCUUUGGCUCUAAGAUUCUUAAGAUCGUUCCAGGGCGGGUCUCUACAGAGGUAGAUGCCAGGCUUUCCUUUGACAAGGAUGCUCAGAUCGCUAAAGCCCGAAGCCUCAUCAAGCUCUAUGAAGCGAAUGGAGUCAACAAAGAACGCAUCCUCAUCAAGCUCAGCUCCACUUGGGAAGGCAUCAAGGCAGCAGAGGUAUUGGAGAGAGAUGAUGGCAUUCAUUGUAACCUGACUCUGCUUUUCUCCAUGGCCCAGGCUGUAGCAUGCGCUGAGGCCAAGGUGACCCUCAUCUCGCCGUUUGUAGGUCGUAUUCUGGACUGGCACAAGGCAGCUUCUGGCAAAGCAAGCUACGAACCACAGGAUGAUCCAGGUGUCCAAAGUGUGACAAAGAUCUAUAACUAUUACAAGAAGUUUGGCUACAAGACAGUGGUCAUGGGGGCCUCCUUCAGGAAUGUUGGAGAGAUUAAGGAGCUCGGAGGUAUUGACCUUCUCACCAUCAGCCCUAAGCUGCUUGAAGAGCUAGCGAAUUCUACUGAAGAAGUGCAAAUGAAACUGGAUGCCAAAGUUGCUCAAAAGCUCGACAUGGAGAAGCUCGAGCUGAACGAGGGGUCGUUCCGUUGGAUGCACAACCAGAAUCAGAUGGCCGUCGAGAAGCUCUCCGAUGGCAUCAGGAAGUUUGCCGUCGAUGCUGUCAAGCUGGAAAACAUCCUCAGAGAGAAACUCUCGGCUUAAACCUUGUUACCAUAGCAACGGGAUAGCAUCAGCUUCAGAUCGACAAUGGGUAGUUUUGCAUUUUGCAUAAGUAAUAUGUGAUUGGGAGGAAAGGGUGUAUGGGAGAGGAGGUGGGGGAGGGGGGGGGGGGAGGGGGGUUUACACACACCCUUUAAGCUUUUGUACCUUAUUAUCUAUGUACCAAAUUGUCAGUGGUCAUCACAUUGAAAGACAUGAUUUGCGAAGUAACAUGCAGUUUAGAGUACAAAGACACACACUAUAAAUCAUGAAUAUUUGUUGGUCAUAGAAGCUUGUUUGAUUACAUGAAGAGGGUCUGUGCUCUCUUGUAUCACGUUUCAAGAUGUAGAAAUCACUGAUUGUGUAGGGCAUCCUUGAUGGGUAUAAACUCUCUGUUUUCAUGGUGCCAAGAAAGUAAAUGUUUUUGUUUUUUCAUCAUGCUGAACGUUAUUCUCUUAUGACACAUAAAAACAUCAAAGAGUUUUAUUCAUGGAAUUACAAACCUGUACCUAUGUUCAUACUUUAUUAAUGUUAUGUGAACUUUAGUCUGCUUCUUCUUAAGUUAUGCACCUAUUCUAUUUCAGAAUAUUUGUUACUAGAGUUAUACUUCCAAUUCCAAAGUCCAGUCGUGACAGAUCGGGAUAUUAAUAAGACUAACAGUAACUAAAUCUAUUUUCGUUAUUAAUGUCAGUUUUGCGAAGUAACAAAGAACGUUGAUGAACUUUAUUUUAGACUGGCACUGAGGAAGGAAAAAGACAAUUUCAGUUGCCAAAUUAUGUCCUCUGAACCAUCUAAUCAACUCAAAUCAACAUUAAGCCUUUUGUAAAGUGGAUGUUGAACAUCAUCAUUGAAACUAUUCUAUUGUUACUGGUGAGAAAGAAAAAAAAAGCUGGCUAAGCAUAGAUUGUUGAAUAUAUAUUUGGUAUUAGAGGUGUAUAUUUUAUUUUUGAUGUAGAAUCUAAUUCAUUCACUCCAUGCUAUCUGUCAAACAGACUUAAGAUAUCUAAAUCCUGUCAGUCAUACUAUUCAAAGCUCCUGACAGGAAAGAGCAUGUUAUAAGAGGUGAUGCUCAUUGGACAUACCAAGAAACUAACAUAUAUUUUCAUUGCCAUCAUUGUGAUCAUAAUCAUAAUAAUAUCCAUCAUUACAUUUUGAAAUACAAAAGUAAUUUAGUUAAAAACAUGGAUAUCUUUUUUUAAAGCUAGUUCAUAUUGCUUGAAGUCAUUGUACUUUUUUGACAAUUUUUCAUUCAUUUGAAUAAGCAUGCAUGAACUGAAGUGCAAAUGUUCUUAAUAAUCAUGCACACCAGAUUAAAUUCAUUUGUAUUCUCUUAUGUACAAAUAAGGGAUUAAAAUCAGUGCCACAAAAAAACAACGAUAUAUUUUCCUAGUCCAAUUUGAACCAAAACCUUCAGUUUCUGUCAAAAUCGAUAGUUAUUCCACUGAGACUGUCUGGGUGCACUGACUGCCUCUAGGGUUGAAAAAUAUCAGUUUUUGUGAAAGAAUUUCCAUACCAGAGGCUUAUUUCUAUCUAAUUCUGAUUGUUUUUAUACAGAUGGCAUGCAAAUACAAUGAUACAUAAAUGAGUAAUGUUUGUAUUUUGUUUCUAAUCAUUCCGGUUAGGUCUUGUUAAUGGCAGAGAAUAAGAGUAUAAAUGUACUGUGCAUAUUAUUAUGGAAGUUUGGAAAAUAGUAAGAACGUGAAUAAGAGUAUUCAAGGUUCUUCUAAUAUGUAGUAUGCAAUGACUUCAAAUAAAUUGUUAUGUACUAACUCGUA